AUGGCCUUCCAAGUAAAUCAGGGGGGCAAUGCCCAGAACAACGGCCAGCCAAAAAACGGGCAGAACGGUGGCCAACAUCAGGGCAAUAAUGGGAACCAGCAGCAUAAAAAUAAGGGGGCAGGAAACAACAACCAGGGAAACAAUCAGCAGAAUCCCUGGCAAAACAACCAGAAAAACCCGUGGCCAAACAAGGGCCAGAACCCCUGGGCAAACAACGGCCAGAACGGCGGGGGGCAUCAGGGGGGCAAAAGCGGGAAAAAGAACAAGAACUGGAACGCUGAGGAUGAGAUGGACAUGGAGGAAGGACCCCCUAUCGCUCCUGCAGGCUUUGGUGGUACAGGUCCGUGGCCGGUAGCGCCGAAUCCACCCGUGCCCUGGAAUCCAUUCCAAGCUCAGCCGGCGCCCCAGCCCCAGCCCCAGCCAGCACAAUGGUCGGCACCUCAAGCCCCGCCGGCGGCGUUUGGGCAACCCGUGCCGGCAUUCGGGCAGGCCCAACCGAGGUUUGGGCAAGCCCCGAUACCGUUUGGGCAGGCCGCAGCGCCAUUCGGCCAAGCUCACCGGGGGUUUGGGCAAGCCCCGACGCCGUUUGGACAGGCCCAGGCGCCAUUCGGCCAGGCGCCACCGGCAUGGCCCAAUAAUGCUGGCCAAGGGCAAUACCAUGACCCAUUCCAGCAGCCGUUUGGCGGCCAGCAGAAGGGCAACCAGCAAAAGGGUCAAAGAUGGCUUACCCAUGACGAGGCGAGGACCCUGGUUCAGGAGAUGCAGCAACAGGUCCAUAACCUUCGGCAGCAGCAGCAGGAGCAGUAUCAGAGGCAAGAGACACUGUAUCAACAGCAGCAAGAACAGCAACAACACUUGCACCAACUGCACCAACAAAAUCAGCAGCUGCAGCAAGAAUUGCAACGCCAGCAACACCUCCUGCACCAACAACGCCCCUAUCCCACUUCCCCCGGCCCGCGGCUAACCACAUCCAUGACACACACCGAGCCACACCUCACCUCCCUCCAACAGGCCCGGAUCCUCCAAGCCCGCCUUGAGGAGUCGUUCCGCGUCGCAAUGCUGUACGAGACGGCCCUAGCGCAGCGGGCGGUUCGCGCACCGCGGGAGGCCGAGCUGCGGGCCUUGUUCGCGCCAGUCGCGGGCACGAUGGAGCGAGCGAUCGAGCAGAUCAUGGCGUACGGGCGGGACGCCGAGCAGGCUGUGUUCUUCCGCGCCAUGAGUGAGGACGAGCAGCGCUUCCUGAUCGAGUGGCAGGCUCUGUGCGAGUCGUACGACCCUGUGCAGCACCUUGAGGAGACGCUCAAGGACUUAAUGCGCCGGUACGGCGACGAUCUGCACAGCCCGCGCAUUGUCGGCGCGUGGGAGGCUUAUGAGAUCGGCAUGGCCUCGUUCAAGGAGCGGGUCAAGAGGUUUGCGGCGUUGUGCGGCUGGUAG